AUGAGGGCGCCUGUGGAGCAAUGGGUCUGGGUGUCUGACUUCUACGGGUUUGGAUUUGGGGACCUCAACCCACAGAUUGCUAACACAUUCCUGGAGCUGUCUGCAAAGCACUACCCUGAGCGAUUGGGAGCCUUCAUGGUGGUGGGUGCACCAUUCAUUUUCAAUGGGCUGUGGAGCGUGCUGCAACCUCUGGUUGACUCUGCGACUAGGAAGAAGAUCCACAUGCUCUCGUAA